AUGAAGCUCGAUGCAACUGACCUCCGAUACAUUACCUCUGACGAAUUUCGAGUUCUCACUGCCGUCGAAAUGGGGUCGAAAAAUCACGAAGUGGUACCAACUAUUCUCAUCGCUCAAAUAUCGGGCCUGAGGAAUGGAGGUGUCAAUAAACUGAUUGGUUCAUUGGCAAAACGAAACUUGGUCUCAAGGGUUCAAAAUGCAAAAUACGACGGCUAUAGAUUGACUUACGGCGGAUACGAUUACCUCGCGAUGCGUGCUAUGUCGAAAAGAGACACCAUGAACUCUGUUGGCAAUCAGAUCGGUGUUGGGAAAGAAUCAGAUAUCUACAUUGUUGCCGAUGCUCAGGGGAAAGAGAUGGUUUUAAAACUUCAUCGGCUUGGCCGUAUGUCGUUCCGCACAAUCAAACAAAACCGGGACUAUCUUGGGAAAAGGAAAUCAGCCUCUUGGAUGUAUAUGUCCAGGUUAGCAGCUCAGAAAGAAUGGGCAUUCAUGAAGGUGUUGUACGAGCAUGACUUCCCGGUCCCCAAGCCCAUAGAUCAAUCGAGACACUGUAUAUUGAUGGAGUUCAUCGAUUCAUAUCCGCUUCGUCAAAUAGAUGAUGUUCCGGCUCCAGGGAAGCUAUACUCCUCCCUCAUGGAUCUCAUUGUGAGGUUCGCCAGAGCCGGACUAAUUCACGGAGAUUUCAACGAAUUCAAUAUCUUGAUUCGGAGAACGACUGGGGAUCCUGUCGUGAUUGAUUUCCCUCAGAUGGUCAGCACAUCACACGAGAACGCGGAAUGGUAUUUCAACCGAGACGUUGAAUGUAUCAGAACGUUCUUCAGGCGUAGAUUCAGAUACGAAAGUGCGAUCUAUCCCAAGUUCAAACGUGUUUUAGUAGACGAGGAGGGCGAAACCGGUUUCCGUUUGGAUGUGGAGGUAGCAGCGAGUGGAUUCUCGCGUAAGGACAUGAAAGAUUUGGAAGAAUACAUGGAAGUGGUCAAAACCGACAGCGCGGACGACGAAGACAGCGAAGAGGAGGAGGAGGAGGAAGAGGAAGAGAAAGUCGAGAAUGGAGAAGCAGAAGUGGCAGUCACGCGAGUUUUCAAUGCAAAAAAGGUAGAGAAUACGCUCUCCGGACCCCUAGACCCACUCGGAGAAGACGAGGGGCCAGACAGUAUCACACUGGAAGAUGACCCACCAUCUUCCUACUGUAGUGACAUUUCAAGAUCCCCGCCUAGGUCACGAUCUGCCUCACCCUUCGCCAAAGGAUUCCGGCAGACGAAGACUAUCAGAGACGUGGUGGCGAGCAAUCUCGAGAAGUCUCGCGCUCAACAGCAGAGGAAGUACCAUUCCAAGCGUAGUACUCGCCGAGUAGGACGGCCCCGUGGAAGCAAAGCUAAACAAGAUAGCCGUAUAAAGCUGGACAGUGGUUGGGAUUGA